UUACAGUCGAACAGUGAAUAGGCCUGACGCAGUUCCGGAUUGUACUACAUAUCCCAGAAUUCCCUUUCCAAAACAACAUCAACCUAUUUCCUGUAUGACUGAAACUAAAGUCAUUUUAUGGUGCGGAAUUUUUAACGACACCGGUAGAUCCUCACCGAUUUAUUGGUUGACUGUAAUACAAGGCGUACUUUUAUAGGAUUGCACAGCACGAACUAGGCAUGACUACAGAGUCUGACUCUCCAAAAGAGUGAGUGUGAAUGGAGUGACACGAGUGGACGGUACUGACGAGUCAUGGACAGCCAAUGCAGCAGCAGUGUGGGCAACAUUAACUCAACACCCAUUUCUGCCCGUAUCGAGUCCUAUGAAGGAGAGAAGAAGUGCAUCUCUGAUGUCCGAAGAACAUUUUGCUUGUUUGUGACCUUUGACCUUUUGUUUGUCACCUUGCUGUGGAUCAUUGAGCUCAACGUCAAUGGAGGAAUACAAGAGCAGCUGAGAAAAGAGGUGUUGGAUUAUGAUUACCACGAUUCUUUUUUUGACAUAUUUCUCUUGGCUGUGUUCCGCUUUGCAGCCUUGAUUCUGGCCUAUGCAGUGUGUAAGCUGCGCCAUUGGUGGGCCAUUGCGAUAACUACAGCAAUUACAACUGGUUUUUUAAUAGUGAAAGUAGUUGUAUCAAAGCUUCUGUCACAGGGAGCGUUUGGGUAUUUGUUGCCCAUUGUCUCCUUCAUUCUGGCAUGGAUAGAGACGUGGCUGCUGGACUUCAAAGUCCUGCCCCAGGAGGCUGGUGAUGAAAUCAGGCAUCUUUCAGUGCAAAAUGCACUAGAUCGAGAACCUCUUUUAUACCCAGGACCUGUUUCAGAAGGCCAGUUCUACUCUCCUCCUGAAUCCAUGGCAGACUCUGAUGAAGACCUUGAUGAUAAACAUGAUCUUGAGAAACCCAUCGUCUAGCAGGAGCUCAGAUUAAACACUGACUUUCAGAGUACAACUCUUCCAGCGCUGCUCGACCUCGCACCGUGUGUCUUAAUAUGGGUUUUUGUACAUGGGUGACCAGAACUAGACAGUCACUCUGCCUUAGAUCUACUAUCACCGUGAUCAGCAGUGUGUUUAUCUGUCUCGAUCUGUGGUUACCUAUGGUUUAUGCAGUAUGGAUUGAAAAAAAUGAAGGAUUUUAAUGUGUAUUUUGAACUUAACCAUCAAAUGAUAUCACUGUUGAACACGACAUUUAGCUUGUUUUCACAUGACACUCUUCAGCUGCUUCUGUGUAACAAAACGACUGCCGUCUCACGUUUAUGCUAGAAGCUCCAUAUGUGUAUUAACUCUGAUCUCGCAUACAUCACUGGAGAGGACCUAAAUGUGAAUAGCAGUAUAGUCUCAGGUCUGCACUGCUACUCAUCAGUGUGUGAAGAUUUCAUGUUUUUCCCAUCGGUUUUAUUUUUUUAAUGCGUUUUCUGCCAGUCUGUGAGUUUUUGGAAUGAACAGAGAGAUGAUAGAGGCUUGAUUUACUUGUAAAAUAAAGGACUUGCCUAGUUUUGCAUGAAAUGCACUUAAAUGAAGAAAUAUAUGACUUGUAAUGAUGCAUGGAUUUGUUAUGUUUUUUUGGCUCCACUUCAGGAAGCAUUCAUAAAUCAUAUUAUUUAAGUAAGUGAAAUCUACUUCCUGUUGAGUUUACUUGUGCCAUGCUUACUUAAUAAGGGCUUAUGUGCCUGGUGCAGGUCUGGGACCUCCGCUUUUCUUAAAUUAAUUUGAGAAUCUCCAUACAGUAUGUACAUAUCACAAAGCCUCAAGUAUGCCAGAUGAUGGCAGAUUGUAUUCUUCUUUCGUUAUGCAUUAAAACAAU